CAUUGCAUGUCAGUCGCGAUUAAGAGCGAAGAAAGGAGAACAUUACCUGAAGACGAAGCAGAUUAAUAAGGAAAGAAAAAUUAACGAAAAGAUCAAGUCAAACUAUGGUUGUUUAAUUAUUUUUACCAUUACUUUCUGUUAAGGUAAAACGAGCACUGUCUUGUCGAAAAAAAGACAACAAAGAGAGAAGAUCCAUUGCCUUCCCCGUGUUUAUGAUACAGUAUAUAUGACUUCACGUGUCGUGUUUUCGUGCCAAUGGGUGUCUACUCUCGACGACUGCCAAUAGAUAGGAUUGUCACGCUAGUUGCGAAUUAGUUAUAAGUGACUGAGGAAUUUUGGCACCCGUAUUUACUAAAAACAGAUCGAAACUUGUGUUGACGAUUUCGCAAAAUUAAUGUCGUGGGACUUGUCGAGAGAAGGGGGAGGGAGAGGCCGUGUUUGGGGAGUAGGUGAAAGUGAGAACCAUCCACGGACAUAACCUAAGAAUAAGCUGCAUCCGCGGUUGUCGCAGAUUUUCUGGUAUUUACGACGAUGCGGUACCGUUUUUGAAAAAUUCUUUGAUAUGAUCUUUUCAAAGUACUGUCUUCUUGAUGAAUGACAUCAGAAACGGAGGUAAGAACGGAGAAAAUAUGGAGACUUGCAACGAAGGGGGCGACCGGAUUUUAACUGACAUCGCUGUAACGCAAAGAAGUUGGUCGGAAUUGAGAAGUGUCGUCAGUGAUUUACGUAGGAAAUUGUCCGGUGUAUCGGUAGGCUCUGUGCCUGGGUCUAUAACGUUUCGAUCUUUACCAGAUGGGCGAACAAGGAUAUAUUUUCUUAGUAGUCCAAGCAAUGGAUGGGAAACUACGUUACUAUUUGUGGACAUUGCACAUUCAGAUCAUGCAAAUGGUUAUCGCCUUCAUUGGCAACCCAUUAUAGAAGCAAAUUUUCAAACUGUUUCAAGUACCAAAAGGCUAUCGAGAGAAGAACAGUUAUUAUGGGAAAGGAAAAGGUUAGCUACAUGGGGUAUUACUAGUUAUGAGAUUCAUCUAGACAGUGGAAAAUUAGUUUUUCCAGCUGCAAGCAGCCUUUAUCAAUGUAUAGACACAGGAUUCAUGGCCGGACCUCUUUUUCCAUCUGAAAUUCGUAUGUCAACAUCAGGUGCAAAACUAUGUCCACAAAUUUGUCCAUGGAAUAAUGCGUUAAUUGCUCAUACAUGCUCAGGCGACCUGUACCUGUCCCAUAGUAUCACAGGUUCUUCUGUAAGAUUAACUCACGCAAGAAAAGGUAGCAGAAGUUUAGCAAAUGAUCCUCUCACUGCAGGAACUCCUUCUUACGUAAUGCAAGAGGAAUUUACUAGAUAUAUUGGCUAUUGGUGGCAGCCGAAAUCCAACGAUGGUACCUAUAGAAUAGUAUAUGAAGAAAUCGAUGAAAGCGAUGUAAAAAUAUUCUGUUUUCCGUCAACAUCAAAUUCCGAAGAUAUAGAUGAAUUCAGGUUUCCCAGGGCUGGCACACCUAAUGCCAGGAGUAAUCUUAAGAUGGUGCAAUUUCGAUUAACAGAAACAUUACAAAUUGUUGAUAUUGAAAUAUUAGAACUCCAGUAUCCAUUGCAUAUUAUGUUUCCAUGGAUGGAAUACAUGGUAAGAGUAGGAUGGACUCCUGAUGCUCAAUAUGUUUGGGUACAGCUGUUGGACAGAAAGCAGCAAAGGCUGGAAUUAGUUCUGUUAUCGAUAGAUAAUUUUUGCGAACCACCACCUAAUGUAUACAAUUCGGAAAACCACUUUACACCAUCAUCUGCGAGUGUUCAAGUAAUAUAUUCUGAGCAAAGUUCAAUUUGGAUUAAUGUUAAUGAUCUCCUUUAUUUUCUACCAUCCGACGACCCAACGGAAGUAAAACUUAUUUGGGGCAGUGAAGAAUCUGACUUUAGACACCUAUAUCUCAUUACAUCUAGCAUAGCAGGUUUAAAUAACGAAGUGGAAGAACCAUUGGAUAAGAUGGAUAGUAUUUUUCUGCAACCUCGAGUUACUUCCAAAGUCGCUCUGACCCAAGGAGAUUGGGAAGUUCUGGGUAAAAAAUUGUGGGUAGACGAAAUCAAUUCUAUCGUUUACUUUUGCGGUUUACGCGAGGGUCCACUAGAACAGCACGUUUAUGCUGUAUCUCUCCGUCGUCCGCUGGAAGUGAGACUGCUUACCAGGCCGGGCUAUAGUCAUAAUAGUAUAUAUUUUAAUAAGGAGUGCACAAUGCUAGUAACUGUUUACAGCUCCAUCAAGACGUUACCAACUUGUCAAGUAUUUAAAAUAUCACAAUCAGAUUGGACAGUAGAAAGUAUUUCUCUAACACCUGUGGGUUAUUUAUUAGAACCAUCCGCCUUGGAAUCCGAAUUAUUUUCUCCGGAAAUUUAUACCUAUAAAAUAUCAUCUAAUGACACUAUUUAUUCAAUGAUCUUUAAACCACACAAUUUUCAAAUUGGUGUAAAAUAUCCCACGAUAUUGAACGUGUAUGGUGGUCCUGAAGUACAACUGGUAUCGAAUACGUUCAAAGGAAUGAGGCACUUAAGAAUGCAUAUGUUGGCUGCUCAAGGCUAUUGUGUAGUAUUAAUCGACUCACGUGGUUCACAUCACAGAGGUUUAGUAUUUGAAAGCCAUUUGCAGCACAGAAUGGGAUCCGUUGAAUUAAACGAUCAAGUCGAGGUACUAAAAUGGUUAGCGGAAACUACUGGUUACAUUGAUUUAAAUCGCGUAGCAAUUCAUGGUUGGUCUUAUGGAGGAUAUUUAAGUCUUAUGGGCCUAAUACAAUAUCCAGAAAUAUUUAAGUUAGCUAUCGCCGGUGCACCAGUUACUUCUUGGAAUUUUUAUGAUACUGGAUAUACCGAACGUUACAUGGAUUUACCACAAGAUAAUCCUCAUGGAUACACGUCUGGUUCUGUUUUGACGUAUGUGGAUAAGUUCCCUGAUGAAGAAAAUAGAUUAUUGAUCAUUCAUGGGCUUAUAGACGAAAAUGUACACUUUUUCCAUACAAGUCAAUUGAUCAAUGCUCUUAUAAAAUCUGGGAAACCAUAUCAACUGCAAGUUUACCCGAAUGAAAGACAUAGCCUCAGAAGUUUGGAUGCUAGUAAACAUUAUGAAACUACAUUGCUAUCAUUCUUACAGAAUCAUUUAUAAAUUUAUUACUCUUAUUCAAGUAUAUAGCUACAGCGAUAAAUGCUGGUUAAAAUAUUUCAACAAUUUAAGUAACUGCCAUUACGUUUAUGUACAUAGAUCAGAUAAAUUAAAAAUUACUUUUCGCAUCAUUGUGUUCGCGAUGGUUUUGCCUAAUGCAAAUCUUACGUUCUGUAUGAAGUCUCCGAAACCACUACUUAAACAGUAUUAUAAUUUUAUUACAAAAAGAUUAUAAUAAAAAACAAUUAAAAGUUUUAUGCAUAUAUGAAGAAUAAUGUUUCUUUUUCCGUUCAUAAAAGCAAAAAAGGAACGUAUACAAAUAUUGAUAUCGAUAACACAUUCGGGCAUACAGCCAUCGCGAAACUUAUAUUAAAUGCAAUUUGCAACCUUCUUAAUGAAUGAUCAUAGAUUUUUGGAAUUGUAAGACUUAUUGUUACUUUUUUAAGAAAAUGGACAAUACUCGCAGUUUCUCUGUACAUAUAUAAAUAAGGGUUAUGAGAUCUGUAUUAAUUCUUUUUUAGAAUUUUCUUCUAACUGUACUUACAAGUGUCGAUAGUUAUCGUCAGAAAUACGUCUGUUUCGUGGCUGUCACCAUUUUAUGCUUAAUUUUGUAUAUAUAAAGGAGUAAUCUCUCCUUUCAUCCACAUUUCUAAAAUACCUUAGAUGUAUAUGAUAGCAAAGAAUUUAAACGUAAGAGUAUUUGCAUUAUUCCGUAAUUAAAAAUAAAUCAUAUAUCCGACUAACAAUUGUUUGUCAAUAAAUAAAUACGUUGUUUUAUAUUUUGUUA